AUGAGCUGGUUAUCUUCAAUGCUUGGUGAGUUGAAGAUAAAGAAGAAGAGAAGUCCAGUGAUUUGGGUAGAUAACAUGAGUGCUAUAACUUUAGCAUCGAACCCAGUGCUUCAUGCAAGGACCAAACAUAUUGAGCUGGACAUACAUUUUGUUAGAGACAAAGUACUGGGUAAAGAAAUUGAGUUGAGACAUGUUCCUACGGCUGAUCAGGUAGCAGACAUUUUCACUAAGCCAUUGAGUCAUCAACCCUUCGUGAAGAUGAGGGAAAGAUUAGGAGUGGUGUCCUUAGCCUCGCUCGGGUUGAGGGGGUGUGUUGGAAGAGAUAGCCAAGCUGAUCAAGCUGCAAUGCAUGAUCUCAAGUCACUGGACCGUCAAGCUGAUCAAGCUGCAAUGCAUCUCAAGUCACUGGACCGUCGAGUUGAUCAAGCCGCUGCAAUGCAUCUCAAGUCACUGGACCGUCAAGUAGAUCAAGCUGUUGAUCAAGCCGCUGCAUGCCAAGCUGAUCAAGCUGUUGAUCAAGCCGAUGCAUGCCAAGUUGAUCAAGCUGUUGCAUGCAAUACUAAGAUUACUAAUCAUGUUGAUCAGUGUAUGGCAACAAAGCAAGAUGCACGUGAUAAACAAGUGAUCAACUCCACACGAGCCAAGGUGAUAGAUAAGACAAAAGAGAGGACAAAGGCUGGUACACCAAAAGAACCAAUCAGAAGGGCUCACACAAGCUACAGCUGUGAAUGA